AUGACUUUUGGCAAUUUAGAAGACGCUGAAAAAUUCUACAGAAAUUAUGGAAAGGCCAGAGGUUUUGAUAUCCGUAAUAGCACAACAAAUUAUGGGAAGGAUAGAGAAUUAAUUGGCAAAAGUUAUGUUUGUUCAAAAGAAGGAGUGUUAAAGAGCAAAUCGUUGGAAAUUCGACGAUGUGGUACAAUUAGAACAAAUUGUAAGUUCUUGAUUCACUUGAAAUUAGACAAAAACAUUGGCAUAUGGAGUGUCUACAAGUUCGUGGAAGAACAUAAUCAUACAAUUACUUCACCGAGUAGAACACAUUUUCUAAGGGGAAACCGUGAGGUUACAAGUGCGAAGAAGACAUUGAUAAAGCAGUUUGGAGAGGUGAACAUUCCAACAAACAAGCAAAUGGCCUUCUUUGAAAACUCUAGCGGAGGUUUUCAUAGAAUUGGAUGCAUUGAGACCGAUGUGAGAAAUUAUGAAAGAGAUUUGAGAGAGGAGAGGCGUGGUCAUGAUGCACAAAUGAUGUUGGAUCAUUUCAAGUCGGAACAAAAGAAGAAUCCUUCAUUUUAUUAUGUUUAUGACGUUGAUGAAGAGAAGCGCUUAACUCAUUGUUUUUGGGUGGAUGGCAUUGCUAGAAUGAAUUAUCAACACUUUGAUGAUGUUGUCUCUUUCGAUGCCACGCAUAACACAAAUCAAUAUGGCUUGGUAUUUGUGCCGUUUGUAGGCAUAAAUCACCAUUGGCAAAGUGUUUUUUAG